GGGAAUUCCCUUUUGUGAAUUAUCUCGGUGCGGCGAAACAGAUGUCGUAUCGGGAUGAAACCUUUUAUUUCUCCAGAAUAAAGUAGCAUUUAACAAAAAUGGCGCGCCUGGAAUCCCAGAUGAGCUUCAAGGAGGAAGUUGAUUUCAACGAUUUAGAAUUUGAGAGGGUCGUAGGCAAAGGAGCGUUUGGAGUAGUAAGUAAAGCAAAAUGGCGAUCUAUGAAUGUGGCUGUCAAGAUGAUCGAAUCAGAAGAGGAGAUCAAAGCCUUCAGAGUCGAGGUCAGGCAGCUUUCCCGAGUGGACCAUCCAAACAUCGUCAAGCUCUACGGGGCGUGCACCACCCGCCCCGUCUGCCUGGUGAUGGAGUAUGCCGAGGGCGGGUCGCUGUACAAUGUCCUUCACAGCAGCCAGCCGCAGCCCAUCUACAAGGCUGCCCACGCCAUGAGCUGGGCCUUGCAGUGUGCCAAGGGGGUCGACUACCUUCACUGUAUGACGCCAAAGAAGUUAAUACACAGGGAUUUAAAACCAGCAAAUUUGCUGUUGAUGUCUGGCGGGACGGUGCUGAAGAUCUGUGAUUUUGGAACAGCAUGCGAUUUCCAUACCUACAUGACGAAUAACAAAGGCAGCGCAGCAUGGAUGGCACCUGAAGUUUUUGAAGGAAGCGCUUACAGUGAGAAGUGUGAUAUCUUCAGCUGGGGCGUGAUCUUAUGGGAGGUUAUAUCGAGACGUAAACCAUUCGAUGAUAUAGGAGGGCCGGCGUUCCGUAUAAUGUGGGCCGUACAUAAUGGUCGUAGACCACCGUUAAUACGAAAUAUACCAAAACCUUUAGAAAAAUUAAUGACUAGGUGUUGGUCUUCCGAAGCUAAAAUGAGGCCUUCAAUGCAUGAGGUAGUAAGCAUCAUGUCAAACCUUGUGGUGUUUUUUAAAGGAGCAGAUCAACCAUUGGUGUAUCCACAGGUGACAGAAGAAGAGAGAAACGCUGGUGAUGGAAUGGCAGAUCGACUGGCGGAGCAGACCGCCGAUAUGAGUCUCGCAAGUAAUCGCUCCAUGGACUCGAGAGGGAGCACUAUAAGCGACACGGUCAUACAUUCAACGAGUAGCCAUAGUAACGGCCCACAAGACCCACAGAAGAUUGACCCUCAUGCUCCAUUCAGUGACCUUCCUCCCGUCCAUCCGAGCUCUAAGGAUCAGAAGAAACGCCAUUCCAUGGACCUCCUAGACCUGAGAGUUGAUGAAGACAACACUGCAAAGUCCUCUGUUCAGACCCAUCGUCGUAGUAACUCCCAUGGGCGAAUCCUUGACCAGGACAUCCCCAAAUACUUUUCUCCCCUCCCAACCAAGCCCCCCGUCUCGACCCCGCCGCCACCUGUCACCCCCAAACCCCUGUUCAAAUCCCCACCUCCCCCCGUCUUGUCCCCCACUCCCACCCCACCCCAAACCACCAUACCUACCCCACCCCAUACCACCACACCCACCCCACCCCAUACCACCACGCCCAUGCACCCCCAGCAAACUUACCCCAACGUGCCCCCCAUGCCGCCCCCUCACCACUCCAUCUCCGUCCCCAGUGACCUGUCCGAGCUGGACCACCCCCGACAGAGACCCAAAUCCUACCACAGCUCCCCUUACAACGCCCCGACGUCCACCGCCCAACCCCACCGCCAUAGCUCCAUCGAGCUGCGGCAGGACAUUACGCCCCUCCCCCAAUAUCCUUCUCAUCCACCCACUACAGUGUUGGAGAGUCGCAUGGGGACCAGGGAGUCCACUGGUUCCAGCGUCGGGGGUACGUCAGGACAGGGGCGCUUCGACCGGAGUCAGUCACUAGAACAGAGAGUAUCAUCAAGCCGAAUGAAAAGUGAUGACUCAGAUGUCUCAAUGGCUUAUAGUACUCUAGAACCUCAUCUUCAGCCUCUUCCUCCAAACCCCAACUCCAGGGAUUCACAGGAAAUAUUUGAUGAACACAUGAGGAUGGCCCAGGAAUUCCUUCGGGUUCAAACCGAGUUGGCUCUGCUUCAUACAAGAAAGAGGGAGCUAGCCGAAGCCCUUGACCAGGACUGGAAGGACAAGCAGGCCAGUUUCAAGUUAAUAGAGGAAUACAACACUCUUCAAGGAGAAAAGGAGAGCCUUAUUGAGCUUCACAAACGUCGACGGUCACAGUUGGACAUGUUCAGACUUCAGAUGCAGAGGCAACACAGUGGUAGAAGAAUCUGAAUGCACCAGGCUUCUCUAAAUCACCUGAAAACUGGAUAUGGUGGGCGUGUUCAUACUGUAGAUGCAGAGGCUGCAAUGUACAUGUAUACUGAUGGAACGUGAAUGCAGCAGGCUUCUUUUGUUCCCCUGAGAGUGGAUGUUUUGGGCAUGUUCACACUACAGAGGCAGAUGGAGUAACGUAUAUUGAUAGCAGAAUGUGAACACACCAAGCUUCUCGAAAUCCCCUGAGAACUGGAAAUGAUGGGCAUGUUCAAACAGUGCAGUUUGGGAGGAAUAGUCAAUAAAUGCUCACUUUAUCUGCAUCAUUGUAUUGUUAUACAUCAUUUCAUUUGUGACAUACCGGUAGACAAAUUAUGCUCUGUUCAGGAAGAUGACAAGAAUUGGCAGUGUAGAUUACUGCAUAUUGAGAAACCUGCGUUCAUAUACUCCUCAGCCAGUAAAUGGUAAUAUUAUGGUAUUGAUGCAACUC